UGCCAAUAUAUAAGAAUAACCUCGGACAACUUGUCCUCAUUCAAUUUUCAGCACUAAAACCGGUCACUUUCAAAGCAAUUGGUUUCAUCUCGCCAAGUAAUCGGAACCACCAUGAUUCUCCAUAUUCUCAGAUUUGUCCUCACCACCCUGACAGCAGGACUCGUCGCGUUGAACAGAAUAACUUGCGACAUCUUCCCAAAAAAGCUUCGACGUAUCCUUAACAAGGUCGCUCUCUCCAACUGGGUGGUGGGAUUGCCACAAAUUAUCCCCGUCUACAAUACCUCCACGCCAAAAUCGGCGAAGGAAGCUGGAAUUUUAGCGCACGAUGUCGAAUGGGAUUUGGAAACACCCCAUAAAUUGGAGUCUAUCCAGGACGCGGAUGACCUGCUCAUUCAUGGCGUCGAUGACAAAGGAAAUUGUCUCGUUGGCAGGAUCACUCGCUAUCACAACAACAUGACUAAAGUUUCAGUAGCACUGAGGAGAAGUGGUCAAACAUUUACAGUUGAGCUCGAAGGUGAGACACCCAAUCAGGUCGAAUUUUCCUUAGGAAAUUUCAAGCUCGAACUUCUCGAACCCUUUCGUUCUUGGAGAUUAUGGUUCAACGGUUACAUGCGAAAUCAUGAGACAUCAUCUACCGAUAACUUGGUCCAUGUUACUCUUAAUUUUCUAUGGAAACCACUCGAUUACGCCAAGGACUUCCAUAAAGAUGCAAAUAUUUCUCUUCUGGCAGACCUGUUUUCAUGGAAUAGACCUUUUGGACAGAAUUUUUCAAAUAUUAAAGAUAUGAUACCCAACGGCUACCAUCAAUUCGGCAUACUUCACGGAGUAGCAAACGUUGAUGGAGACAACAACAGUAGAGAUAAUGCUCUUUACAUGUAUGGAACCCGCACCAGGCGGCGUCUAACCCUCAAUCAUAGUAAUGACGCCCUCGUAGAAAUUUUCGCCAUGCAAGACAAGGAUGGCGACGUUCUCAGAUUGAUGAGUCGUAAUGGAGUCUGGAUUGACGGAGAAGAGUCGUACAGUUCAACGCUCGUAGUCCCAACGGAACAGAUUCAUGUUGACGCCACAGGCUUCGACAAAAAUUCCACCAUUCCUAAAUUGUUCGAGGUUGCAGACAAAAAGUCAACGAUGCGAGUUGAGAUCUGGCCAAAUUAUGACUCCGUCAAUGUAAACGAUUCUUUGGAUUUUGUUCUCCUGCAAAUGGAAAUAAACGGGAAGGAAGCGCACGGAAUUAUUAUAAGAAUUUCAAAUCCACCACUUCUAAUAACCUCGGCGAUAGAAAAUAGGAAACCCGUCGAUGUAACUGACGUCUUGGCCAUUUCUUUGGAAUUGGACAUCUGUCGGAACACUGGUCUCGUUGGAGGAAAGGGAGCAUCUCUUGCCAAAUUAGCUGCGAUGAAUAGAAGAACGAUUAAAGAAUUUAAAACUGCGCGAGGAUUUUGCGCCACGACCAACUUAUUUUGCAAAAUAGUCGAUGAAAAGCGCUUGAAAAAGAUUUUUGAAGACCAAGCCACAAGUUUAGAAGAAUCGUGUUUGGGAGCAACUGAAUUCGUAAUGAGUUGCACGUCUGCUGCUGCAGAAGAUAUUCGCCCAUUGGUCGAGUCACAUUUAGGACAAAUAUUUGGAGAAAGUCGCUCCCACGAGUUACGGUUUGCUGUGAGGUCUUCAGGCAUUUUGGAGGAUGGGUCCGACCUGUCCUGCGCUGGACAAAACGCAUCAUUUCUUGACCUGGAGGAGACAGCCAUUCCACAGAAAAUCGUGCAAUGUUGGGCGUCAGCGUUCACAUUUCAAUCUGUUUCAUAUCGUCUAAAUCACGGUCAGCCAGCUGUUACACGAAUGGGGGUCGUCAUCCAAGAAAUGGUUGACGCAUCAGCCGCCGGAGUUCUUUUCACGGCCGAUCCACUCACCGGAAAUCCAUUUCAAAUACUCAUCACGGCAAAUUAUGGACUUGGAGAGAGCGUCGUAAACGCGACCUGCGAUCCUGACUGUAUCACGAUCCAGCGACCCCGUUCCAUCCAAUGUCGAGGAGCCUGUCAGAAAACCCAGUUGUCCAUCCACCAAAAAAUAAUUGGCCAAAAGAAGUCAAAAGUAAUUUUAAAAUCGGGCAGAAAAUCAACCGAAGAGGAAACAUUGAGCGAUUUUGACUCUACUCGUUUGUGCUUAUCGGAACCCGACAUCCUCCAGUUGGCCGUCAUAGGCAUAAAUGUCGAAAAAGAGCUGGGUCAGUUGAAACCGGUCGAUAUUGAGUGGGCCAUCACGCAGACUGGAGACAUUUACGUCUUGCAAAGUCGACCCAUGACCUCGCUAGAUGCGUGGACUGAUUUUGAAAUUAUGCAUCAAUUCGACUCCUCCAUUAGGACCAGAAUUGAGUUGCUGACCAGAGCAAAUGCUGGGGAAGUUAUGCCCAAACCGUUGCACGCUUGUACUAUUCAAUCCUUAACGAGGAAUUUGGACAUUGGACUUCAAAACGGCAUGGCGAAGAGGAGUAAGGAUACGGCUUGUUCUGUCGUGUCGAAAUCGUGCCACGUCCACUGCAACAAACUCUUCGUCUCCGUCUAUCCAACGCUGUACAGAACAGUUGACGCCAAAAUUACUGCAGCCAUUUGUUGCCUUGACCUUACCGUCUUCGGCCGGCCCAUGAUAACCCCAGAAGUUCACAAGGUUGCGGUCGAACGAUACGGAGCAUCGUCUCCCUCAUCAAAAAUAUUCGGCGCAAUAGGCGCCAUCAAAUCUAUAAGAAAUAACAGCAAGAAAAUGGACCAGAUCGAUGCGGCGUAUGGUGCAUGGACUUCCAAACUCAAUAAUAAGGACGCCACUAUCUCGGCAAAAACGAUUUACGAUCAAAUCACCGCGGAUUUGAUGGUAGUGCAUCACAUAUCGGUUGACCAUUGUGUCAUGUCAGGAGCAAGCAGCACGACGUUAAUAUUUGCAUUUAUGGCAAUUUCAGAAGGCAAACAGGCUCAAGACUGGUCCCCUUCAUUGUAUGAGGAUGUUGGCCGUCUCUUGUCAGUUUAUGCGGCCGUGGAGUCGGCUGAAAUCCCGACUGACAUGGAUAAAUUGGCUGAUGCGAUUCUCCUCCGUGGCGAAACAGACACCUUUAUCGCCACCAAGACUUCAAAAGAUGCAAUUUCUUGGCUCCAAUCAGACCCUUUUUUGGCCAAAGAACUGGAAACAUUUUUUAUAAAACAUGGUCACCGUUCCAUCGCUGAGAUGAACAUUGGACAAGACACGUGGCGAACUGACCCCACUCCUUAUGUCACCUUAUUGAAGAACGUUCUGGUCAACAAGGUAAAAAAUCCGGCACGACCGACCGUCAACCAGACCGAUCCGCAGAACGAUCAAGACUUGCUCUCAUCCUUGUCUACACCGUUAGAAAAUGGGACAAAACGUUUCUUAAAAUUCCUUCUGCCCUACUGUCGCCAAACGGUGACGUAUCGAGAGAGAACCAAAUCAAUCAUGGUCAAAGUUUUAGAACAGAUCAAGUACGAGUACAAACUCCUGGCGGAGGCCAUGCUCAAGGAGAGAACAAUUCCGGACACGAAUUUAAUAAAACAUUUGACUCAUCAUGAAAUGGGGCUUCUAAUUUCGAAACAUCACUCCAGCUCAGCCAUCAUCAAUCGUGCGAUUAAAAGAAUGCGGUUAUAUCCGGUCAUGGAGGGGUUAGAUUUUCCAGAAAUUUCAGUCGGAAUUCCAAAACCGCUGAGCAAUUCCACCCACGUGGAAACCUGUGACGUGGUGAAGGGGACGCCCGUCAGUGCUGGGAAAAUUAGGGGGACGGCCAAAGUCUGCCUAAAUGUGGAAGACGCCUCCAGCCAACUUGAAGAUGGGGACAUUUUGAUUACAACAGGCACGGACAUUGCUUGGUCCCCAUUUUUCCCAAUGCUGGGCGGCGUCGUAACAGAAUUGGGUGGUCUUAUCAGUCAUGGUGCGGUGGUUGCUCGAGAAUAUGGUUUGCCUUGCAUUGUUGGAGCGGUCAAUGCAACAAAGAUAUUUCGAUCUGGGGAUGAAAUUGUUCUCGACACGAGUGCUGGCACUAUUUCCAAAAUUAAAAUUUAGUAUGCUCCAAAUCUUUAAAUGUGUGUGUAAAAUUGCUAAAUUUAUGCUAAAUUCUAAUUAUUCAGAAUGAAUUUCCGCAAGGGCUCAAAUGCAUUGGGCGAUGACUAUACAUAUGUAGAUAAUAAGUAUGCUUGAUGCUAUGUCGACCUGUAAAUAUGGGUUCUGUAAGAUUAUAAUCUCAAAAUAAAUACUUAAAAUGCAAGAA